CAACUUGUUAUCUUCACUGAGACAUGAGAGAUUGGAAGCAGAAAGGAGCUGAGGUGGGAUGCUAUGGAAUAUGAUGAGAAGCUGGCCCGGUUCCGGCAGGCCCACCUCAACCCCUUCAACAAGCAACUCCGGGCGCAGCAGCAUGAACAGCGAGCUGGUGAGGAGACUCCCGACUUGGCUACUGAAGAGGCCCCUCCAGAGCUGUCCCCUGCAGAGCCGGAGUUCCACUGCACCGAGUGCGUGAUGGACCUUGGCCUGGCCGAAGACCACUUCUCCCGGCCCGUGGGCCUGUUCCUGGCCUCGGACGUGCAGCAGCUGCGCCAGGCCAUCGAGGAGUGCAAGCAGGUGAUCCUGGAGCUCCCUGAGCAGUCCGAAAAGCAGAAGGAUGCCGUGGUCCGGCUCAUCCACCUGCGGCUGAAGCUCCAAGAGCUGAAGGACCCCAAUGAGGAUGAGCCCAACAUCCGAGUCCUGUUAGAGCACCGUUUUUACAAGGAGAAGAGCAAGAGCGUCAAGCAGACCUGCGACAAGUGUAACACCAUCAUCUGGGGCCUCAUCCAGACCUGGUACACCUGCACAGGGUGUUAUUACCGCUGUCACAGCAAGUGCCUGAACCUCAUCUCCAAGCCCUGUGUACGGUCCCAGGUCAGCCACCAAGCCGAGUACGAGCUGAACAUCUGCCCUGAGGUCGGGCUGGACUGCCAGGACUACCGCUGCGCAGAGUGCCGCGCGCCCAUCUCCCUGCGGGGCGUGCCCAGUGAGGCCCGGCAGUGUGACUACACUGGGCAGUACUACUGCAGCCACUGCCACUGGAACGACCUGGCUGUCAUCCCUGCUCGCGUCAUCCACAACUGGGACUUCGAGCCCCGCAAGGUGUCCCGCUGCAGCAUGCGCUACCUGGCGCUGAUGGUGUCCAGACCCGUCCUGCGGCUCCGCGAGAUCAACCCGUUGCUCUUCAACUAUGUGGAGGAGCUGGUGGAGAUCCGGAAGCUGCGCCAGGACAUCCUGCUCAUGAAGCCAUACUUCAUCACUUGCAAGGAGGCCAUGGAGUCCCGGCUGCUUCUGCAGCUCCAGGACCGGCAGCACUUCGUGGAGAACGACGAGAUGUACUCUGUCCAGGACCUGGUGGACGUGCACGUGGGCCGCCUCAGCUGCUCACUCACCGAGAUCCACACCCUCUUUGCCAAGCACAUCAAGCUGGACUGUGAGGGCCUCCAGCGAAGCUUCUGUGGACAGCUGGCUCUGAGGGUGGGGCCAGCAUCCUGUUUUCCGCUACCUAAAGGCCUUGAGAAGUACUUCCAGAGGAGUGGAAGAAGCACAGACUCAGAAAAACCAGUGACUCCCAAGAAAGAAACUGGUGAACCCAAGGGUGCUGGGCUCGGGGGCGAUGGUGGCCAGAGAGGCGGCCGGCGGGAUGGUGCUGACUGGUGGAGGCGGCUGCAGAAGGGCGAGCUCCCGUGGGAUGACAAGGACUUCCGAAGCCUGGCCGUGCUGGGGGCUGGCCUGGCCACGGGCUUCUUGUACUUCUACUUCCGAGACCCCGGAAAAGAAAUCAGCUGGAAGCACUUUGUGCAGUAUUACCUGGCCCGCGGUCUGGUGGACCGACUGGAGGUGGUGAACAAGCAGUAUGUGCGAGUCAUUCCUGCCCCUGGGGCGGCAGAGAAGUCGGUGUGGUUCAACAUUGGCAGUGUGGACACGUUUGAGCGGAACCUGGAAUCAGCGCAGUGGGAGCUGGGCAUCGAGCCGGCCAACCACGCCGCAGUUGUGUACACCACAGAGAGCGACGGCUCCUUCUUUCGCAGCUUGGUGCCCACCCUGCUCCUGGUGGGGAUCCUCUUGUAUGCCGUGCGGAGGGGCCCCAUGGGGGCUGGGCGCAGUGGGCGUGGCGGGGGCCUCUUCAGCGUGGGAGAGACAACGGCCCGCAUCCUAAAGAACAGUGUGGAUGUGCGCUUUGCCGACGUAGCUGGCUGUGAAGAGGCCAAGUUGGAGAUCAUGGAGUUUGUGAAUUUCCUGAAAAACCCAAAGCAAUAUCAAGACUUAGGAGCCAAAAUCCCCAAGGGCGCCAUGCUCACAGGACCCCCUGGUACCGGGAAGACCCUCUUGGCCAAAGCGACCGCAGGGGAAGCCAGUGUGCCCUUCAUCACCGUCAACGGGUCGGAGUUCCUGGAGAUGUUUGUCGGCGUUGGGCCAGCCAGGGUCCGCGACAUGUUUGCGAUGGCCAGGAAGAGCGCUCCGUGCAUCCUGUUCAUCGACGAGAUUGACGCGAUUGGCAGGAAGCGUGGCCGGGGGCAUUUUGGGGGCCAGAGCGAGCAGGAGAACACACUGAACCAGAUGCUUGUGGAGAUGGACGGGUUCAACUCUUCCACCAAUGUCGUUGUGCUCGCUGGCACCAACCGCCCAGACAUCCUCGACCCCGCCCUGAUGCGGCCAGGCCGCUUCGACCGGCAGAUUUACAUCGGACCCCCUGACAUCAAAGGCAGGUCCUCCAUCUUCAAGGUCCACUUGCGCCCCCUGAAGCUGGACGAGAGCCUCAGCAAGGAUGCUCUGGCAAGGAAGCUGGCCGCACACACCCCGGGCUUCACAGGGGCUGACAUCGCCAACGUCUGCAAUGAGGCAGCCCUGAUCGCCGCCCGACACUUGAGCCCCUGUGUGCAGGAGAAGCACUUUGAGCAGGCCAUUGAGCGGGUCCUGGGAGGACUGGAGAAGAAGACGCAGAUCCUGCAGCCCAGCGAGAAGGCAACUGUGGCCUACCACGAGGCUGGACACGCCGUGGUCGGCUGGUUCCUGGAGCAUGCAGACCCCCUACUUAAGGUGUCCAUCAUCCCCCGGGGGAAGGGGCUGGGGUACGCGCAGUACCUGCCCCGAGAGCAGUACCUGUACACGCGAGAGCAGCUUUUCGACCGAAUGUGCAUGCUGCUGGGGGGCAGGGUCGCCGAGCAGCUCUUUUUCGGACGGAUCACCACAGGAGCCCAGGAUGACCUGCGGAAGGUCACACAGAGUGCCUACUCGCAGAUCGUCCAGUUUGGGAUGAGUGAGAAGCUGGGCCAGGUGUCCUUUGACCUACCGCGCCAGGGCGGGGCGCUGGUAGAGAAGCCCUACAGUGAGGCCACAGCCCAGCUCAUCGAUGAGGAGGUGCGGCAGCUCAUCAGCAGGGCCCAUGCCCGGACCCUGGAGCUGCUGAUGCGCUGUCGCGAGCAGGUGGAAAAGGUGGGGCAGCGGCUCUUGGAGAAGGAGGUCCUGGAGAAGGCAGACAUGGUGGAGCUGCUGGGCCCGAGACCCUUUGCGGAGAAGUCCACCUACGAGGAGUUUGUGGAGGGCACCGGCAGCCUAGAUGAGGACACGUCCCUCCCUGAAGGGCUGAAGGACUGGAACCAGGAGCGGACCGAGGGGCAGGCAGAGGGCCGGGUGCAAGAGAGCCCUGUGUAGCUCAGUGGCUCUGCCGCCACCUCCACCCCUAGCCUCUGAGGCACAUUAAACCGUGGUCGCCCCCUCGGCGUGCCCUCGGAGGCACUCA